AUGAGUCUACAGGAGCCGACAUCGCUGAGUCGGGAGGUGAGAGGAAGUGUUUCCAUGGCAACUCUCGUGUCUGCUAAAGGCUGGGUUUCUUCUCACUUUCCCCUCAUGACUGGAGCACAGCCAGUGUUUGUUAGCGGGGCUAACAAACCCAACAAACUACUCGGCCUGACAUCAUCCCACUUCGAAUCUGACUCUGUACGUUCAAUGGUCAGGCUUUUGUUUUUACGUUGGAUUAUUGCAACGGCUCUUCGACCGACUGCAAUCACCUUCUGA